AUGGAAAAGAUGAUGAAGCAGCAGGAACUAACAAGCAAGAAUCAUGAAGCCUCAAUGAGAAACUUAGAAUGGCAAAUUGGACAACUGUCUAAGCAAGCUGUGAUUGAAAGGCCAACAAGCUCACUUCCAAGUGACACCAUUUCGAAUCCUAAAGAGGAAUGCAAAGCUAUUCAAUUAAGGAGUGGAAGAAUCUUGGUGAAUAACAAAGAAACCAACAAAAAGCCUAUGGAGAAUGACAAGAUACCAACUGAGAAAAGGGAAGCCAGCAACGAAGAAGAGGAUGAAGCUGCACUUAACAAGAAGGCUCAAGAGAAGCUUAAAGAGAAGGAUGACCAGCCACAAAAUUUAAGGAAAGGGAAGCAAGUAAUAGAGGAACCAUCUCAAGAACAAAGACAAGGAGUGAAGGCUCACACACCUCCAUUGCCAUAUCUCCAAAGGUUCAACAAGGAAACCAAGGAUCAACACUUCCCCAAAUUCCUUGAAGUCUUCAAGAAGUUAGAGAUUAAUAUUCCCCUGGCUGAAGCAUUAGAACAGAUGCCUCUAUAUGCAAAGUUCUUGAAAGAGCUUAUCAAUAAAAAGAGAAGUUGGCAUGAGAAGGAAACCAUUAUGCUUACUGAAGAAUGCAGUGCUGUGAUUCAAAGGGGUAUCCCAUCAAAGCUCAAGGAUCCUGAGAGCUUCUUCUUGCCUUGCACCAUUGGUAGUCUAACCAUUGAUAAGGCACUAUAUGACUUAAGAGCAAGCAUCAAUCUAAUUCUCUACUCUAUGAUGAGAAGGUUAUGCAUAGAGGAGGCAAAGCCCACACAAAUGUCACUGGAGCUUGUGGACAAAUUAUUAGUAUUUUCCAGAGGAGUGAUUGAAAUUCUUCUGGUCCAAGUAGGGACAUUUAUAUUCCCAGUAGACUUUGUGAUCCUGGAUCUAGGAGAAGAAGGUAGUGACUCUAUUAUUUUAGGAAAACCCUUCUUGGCCACAGCAAGAGCCAUCAUACAUGUUGAACAAGGAGAGAUGACUCUAAGGAUACAUGAUGAAAGCAUUACUCUGAAUGUCUUUCCAGAAGCACAGCAUAAUGAUGAAAAGGAAAAAUGCAUGGAGGUUGACAAAGAAGGCUUGCAGUGGAAGGAAGAAACCAACAAGACACUCAUUAAUUCUCUUCCAUAG